UGAUGAAAAAUUAGACAGCCAAAGUAGACUUGAAAAAGUUGACAGUUGACUUUAAAGAUGGCCAGCCAAUGUUAUUGUUUUCUACUGGGAAAGAAUACAUUUGCAUUAUGAGUCUUGCAUAGUAACACUUUUGCCUCAUCCACAUAUGCAACACGAUUCGAUUACUUCGCUCUUGAAACAUUCUGAUUCAGUAAAGGGUUAAUGUAUGUUAUAGAUGGGAGCUGAAUUUAUAUGCUUAAUUUUCAGAGCAUUAGGUUGAUGGAUUGAUUUUGAAUAUCUACAUCUGCAUAAAAUCUACUGAUCAAAAGCUUUUUAUACUUAUCCUUAACUUCUUUAUCCUUUUUUGUAGGUAUUUUUUUCCCUAGUAUCCAAUUUAGAUGAAAUGAGUCAACAUGACUUCACAUUACUCGUUCUCUCUAUCAAUCGUCAAUUCUUUGAGCUACUUAAGUCCAUGUCAUUCAAUAAUGACAGAAUAGCUGGCGCACUUGAAAAUCAAAAUAACUAGUCAGUCAUUCUUUGAUUUGUUGAAUAUCUACAUUCACAAAAAUUCAACAUUCCUCCUAUCAGAAGUGAGUCCAAUUGUAACAAAAACUGCAACUGAAAGGCUAAAGGCAAAGAAUGAGGUUUCCCUUUAUUACACUCUCUGUCUUUUCCUGGCUAAGCCUCACCAUAACAGCCAUAUCUUUGUCGAAGCCUGGUUGCCCCGAAAAGUGUGGGAAUGUAACCAUCCCCUAUCCUUUUGGGGUUGGUUCCAAAUGCAGUGCAAAAUGCCUUACUGAUUCUGUCGACUGCGAAAAAUCCCACAAAGAAUCCCCCUAUGCAAUUAUCUGCCAAAAUUCAUCCACUCCAUUCUUGAGCAUCAUCAAUAUGGAAGUGGUGAAGAUUUCACUGUAUGGAACGUUGAUUGUAAAGCUGCCCGUGUCACCUAUGAAUUGCUUAAAUAUGCAGACAACUGUCCCUGUGCCUAUUUCACUUCGUGGCAGCCCUUUUACAAUCCCAGCACACUACAAUUCAUUUGUUGUAUUAGGCUGCAAGAAUUCAGUCUGGCUGCGUUCUGAUACGAUGCAGACAGUUGGAGGAUGCACAGCUAUCUGUGAUGCGAAUUCCACGGACACGAGCUGCAGUGGCGUUAACUGCUGCCAGACGACAUUGCCAGAACGACCGCAAGAGUUUCAGUAUACUUAUCGAAGCAUUGAAGCAAGUAACAGAAGUAGAUAUUGUGGUUAUGCUUUUCCUGCUGACAAGAAAUGGAUACCGAGUGCUUACACGUUGCAUAGUGGCCUAAACCAAGAUCUGUUGAAUCCAUAUGACGCGGGGUUCAGAUUUGCACAACUGGUGAUUGACUGGGAGCGCGUUGGCUUUGAAGACUUCCAUGACAAUACUAUUUGCAAAGUGCUGCCUCAAGGUCGCAGUGAUCAAUACAUUGAUGAUUACUAUACACCACGUUAUGAUACUACUGGAAACAACUAUGUAUCAUCGACUAGGUACUGCUCUUGCCGUGACGGUUUUGAAGGGAACCCGUAUCUAGGCCGUGAAGGAUGUGUUGAUAUAAAUGAAUGCAGCAACUCAACAUUGAACAUGUGUGGUGGUAAUGGGACUUGCAUCAAUACAAUCGGAGGCUUCACUUGUCGGAAAAGACCUACUGCCAAAAUAGUGAUUAUCAGUGUUGGUAGCGCAGCUGGAGGGCUUGUUUUGUUACUCGGGGCUAUUUUUGCCACUAGAACUAUGAGGAAAAGAAUGAAGGAUAAACACAAACUCAAGUGUUUAGCCUUAUUGUUGGAACAGCAGUUGUCGUCUGUGGAUAAUGGCCUUGAGAAAACUAGGUUGUUCAGUUCGAAAGACCUAUCGAGAGCUACUGAUUUUUAUAACGAGAAUCGGAUACUUGGCCGUGGAGGUCAAGGCACUGUCUACAAAGGAAUGCUGACUAGUGGAAGGAUAGUAGCAGUCAAGAAGUCGAAGAAGAUGGAAGAAGUAGAUCUUGAAGCCUUCAUCAACGAGGUUGUCAUUCUCUCGCAGAUCAAUCACAGGAAUGUUGUUAAAUUGUUGGGAUGUUGUAUUGAAACUGAAGUACCUCUCCUCGUGUACGAGUUCAUCCAUAAUGGCACUCUCCACCAACACAUCCAUGAUCCGAAUGAGGAAUUCCCAUUAUCAUGGGAGUUGAGAGUGAGGAUUGCAAGAGAAAUAGCUGGAGCACUUGCUUACUUGCAUUCUUCUUCGUCUGCACCUAUCUAUCACCGUGAUAUCAAGUCAUCGAACAUACUUUUGGAUGACAAAUACCGCGCCAAAGUCUCGGAUUUUGGGAUAUCAAGAUCAAUUUCUGUUGAUCAAACUCACCUGACCACACGUGUGCAAGGAACCUUUGGCUAUUUGGAUCCCGAGUAUUUCCAAUCGAGUCAGUUCACAGAAAAGAGCGACGUCUAUAGCUUUGGCGUGGUUGUGGUUGAGCUUUUAACCGGAGAGAAAGCAGUGUCAGCAAUCAGAGCUGCAGAGGGGAGGGGUUUGGCUGCACACUUCUUGCAUUCCAUGGAGGAAAAUCAGCUGUUUAAUAUUCUCGAUGCAAGGGUGAUCAAAGAGGGCACAAAGGAAGAGAUUCUUGCUAUAGCCGAACUUUCUCGAAGAUGUCUGCAUCCUAACGGUAAGAGAAGGCCAACGAUGAAGGAAGUUGCAGUCGAGUUGGAAGGCAUACGUUUGCUUGAAGAAGGAAACUUUCAACAAGACGAAGGCAAAGAAUGCAAUAUUGUUGAAGUUGAUGAGUCUGGUGAAUUCUCCUUCACCUCAGAAAGCAGAGGUGGUGAUACAAUCAUUCAGCAGUUAUAAGCAGAUGAAGAAAACUCAUCUCUUGGAAUAUAACUAUAUACAUGACUGCUGCAUUACUACCAUUUCUGUAACAGGUCAGGAUAAAAAAGUGUUACUGAAGUUUUCUUGAAUUCAAACAAAAUUUCCGAUUCAAAU